AUGAAUGUGAGCAGAGACAAGGUCGGUGACAUCUCCAUCCCGGCAGCGGCAGCCGCGGCGGUGACAGCCCCCGCAGCCGGCAUCGGCGGGGAGCCCCGCGGCUGCCACGGGGAAGGGAUGGACGGCCGCGGAGAGCAGCGGCUCUCGGCCAGCGGCGAGCUGCCGCUCUACUGCCCUACCAACCGGGACAGGCAAGGGGACAGCCAGAGCAACACCCCCGGACAAGAGGGGGCAGUGGCCGCGCUGCCCAUGGUGCACAGAACCACCUCCUUCUCCGUGCUCGACAUCCUGGACCCUAACAAGUUCAACAGCAAGCGGCGGCAGUGCGCGGGCUUGUACAAAUCGGCGGGGACCGAGUUCACUCUGGGGGCGGAGGAUAAGCCCGAGGACUCAGGGACGGAGCUGGCCGAGCAAAAGGCUCUCGCCGAAGAUUUCGACGCGUGCAAGAAAUCCGCAGAGCUGAUCACCCAGCCCCGGCUCCUCUCCAUGUGCUUCCAGGCCAUUCCCGGAGCAGGGGACCGGAGGAGCCGGGGGUCCCGGACCAGCCGCAUCCCCACGGCGGGCGGAGAGCCGGGGAGGGCCGGGCACCCCUUUCCCGACAGCCGCGGGGAUACGGGGCGGGUGAAUCCCCAGGGUGGGGACCGGUUCCUCCUGGGGCCGGGCGGGGCCGGGGGCCGGGCAGCGAUCCCUGACAGCGUCUGUCGCUUGUCCGCAGAGGACGGGGAGCUCUACAAGGCCGAGGAGUGCGACCUGGACUACAGCAGCCGGCCGAGCCGCAGCCCCGACAGCGAGCUGCCGGACGACGAGGAGCUGUGCAGCGAGGAGAGCGGCAGCACCAGCAGCAGCAGCGGCGGCAGCUCCGGCCCGGCGGCUCCCGGAGAGCCCGACCCGGGGCCGCUCCGAGCAGAGCCGGCCGAGCCGGGGGGUGUCCCGGCCCCGCCGCCCCCGCCACCGCCCCCGCCGCCACCGCCCGUCGGGGCACAGCCCGGCCCGCAGGCCAAGCCCAAGAGGAAGCGGACGGGCUCGGACUCCAAGUCGGGCAAGCCCCGUCGGGCGCGGACAGCCUUCACCUACGAGCAGCUGGUGGCGCUGGAAAACAAGUUCAAGUCCACGCGGUACCUGUCGGUGUGCGAGCGCCUCAACCUGGCGCUGUCGCUCAGCCUCACCGAGACGCAGGUGAAGAUCUGGUUCCAGAACCGGCGCACCAAGUGGAAGAAACAGAACCCCGGGGCGGACACCAGCGCGCCCACGGGCGGGGGCGGCGGCGGCGGGGCGGGGGGCGCGCUGGGCGGGGGGGCGCUGCCGGGGGGGCUCAGCCCGCUCAGCCACUCGCCGCCCAUGGGCGCCCCGCUCUCCAUGCACGGCCCCGGCAGCUACGCCGGCCACCCGGCCGGGGGGCUGGUCUGCGCCGCACAGCUGCCCUUCCUGCCCAGCCCCGCCGUCCUCUCGCCCUUCGUCCUGGGGUCCCAGACUUACGGCGCCCCGGCUUUCUACACCCCGCACCUAUAA